GACAGACUAGCAAACAGUAAGUAGAACAGCGAAGAGAAACGGGAGUAAGAAAGGGUAGUUUUUAAAAAUCCACCUUCAUCCUUUUUUAAAGUAUUGAUUUUUAGACUAAAACCAUCUGGAACAUGCAUUUCGCACUUCAGGCCUUAUAACAAGUACAAUAUUUUGACAAUACUAUAUUCGGAAUGUUAGAAAACAAAUGGUGAAAACUGGGUAAUUGUUGAGGGGAAAUAGCUAGCUAGCAAGAAAGCUGUAAAUCUGAAGACUGGCUUGGACAGAGGAGAAUAGACGGAUACUGAACCUGCUCUGAAUUUAUUUUUAAUUGCCUGCGUUUUAUCGAAGUCAGCCUCCAGAUAUAAACAUAAACCUGCCGCUCAUAGAGCUAGCCGCAUUGCUAGCUGGCUUUAUUUGUCAUAUACAAUGGAGUUAAGAGUGGGGAACCGAUAUAGGUUGGGAAGAAAAAUUGGCUCCGGAUCUUUUGGUGACAUUUACUUGGGCACAGACAUCUCUGUUGGGGAAGAGGUGGCCAUCAAGCUGGAAUGUGUGAAAACCAAGCACCCUCAGCUACACAUAGAGAGCAAGAUCUACAAGAUGAUGCAAGGAGGAGUUGGAAUCCCAACGAUCAAAUGGUGUGGUGCAGAGGGCGACUAUAACGUGAUGGUGAUGGAGCUGCUGGGCCCCAGUCUGGAGGAUCUCUUCAACUUCUGCUCCCGCAAAUUCAGCCUGAAGACGGUUCUCCUCCUGGCUGACCAGAUGAUCAGCCGCAUCGAGUACAUCCACUCCAAGAACUUCAUCCACCGUGACGUGAAGCCCGAUAACUUCCUGAUGGGUCUGGGGAAGAAGGGCAACCUGGUCUACAUCAUUGACUUUGGCCUGGCCAAGAAAUACAGAGACGCGCGCACACACCAGCACAUCCCCUACCGCGAGAACAAGAACCUGACUGGCACCGCCCGCUAUGCCUCCAUCAACACACACCUGGGCAUAGAGCAGUCCAGAAGAGAUGAUCUGGAGUCCCUGGGCUACGUGCUGAUGUAUUUCAACCUGGGCUCUCUGCCCUGGCAGGGCCUCAAGGCUGCCACCAAGAGGCAGAAAUAUGAACGCAUCAGUGAGAAGAAGAUGUCCACUCCCAUCGAAGUCCUCUGCAAAGGAUACCCAUCUGAGUUCGCCACGUACCUCAAUUUCUGCCGUUCCUUGCGUUUCGAUGACAAGCCCGACUACUCGUACCUGAGACAGCUCUUUAGGAAUCUCUUCCACAGACAGGGCUUCUCCUACGACUACGUCUUUGACUGGAACAUGUUGAAAUUCGGCGCGAACCGGGUGGCGGAGGAUGCGGAGAGGGAGAGGAGGGAUCGUGAGGACAGACUGAGGCAUGGCAGGAACCCGGGCACCAGGGGAAUGCCCACUGCCUCCAGUAGACCCAGAGCAGCGCAGGAUGUAGCUCCGCCCACACCCCUUACACCAACCUCCCACACAGGAGUGGAGCGUGAGAGGAAGGUCAGUAUGAGAUUACACCGUGGCGCUCCAGUGAACAUCUCCUCUUCUGACCUGACCGGAAGACAGGACACCUCACGAAUGUCCACCUCACAGAAUAGCAUUCCCUUCAUCGAUCACCACGGCAAGUAACUGCACGCCACGCUCUGCUCUGAGAGGCGGCACCUGGUGAGUGACAGCUGGGUGCCAUUUUGUCUGCCCUGUCUGCACCUUCUUGUGCUUAGUCUAAGGGGGGGGACAACCUCGUCUACCUCACCCUGCCCUGACUCACGUUAACCAGCAUCACAUACCCCCGUCUCCACACACACUACUCCUGUUGACUUGAGGGUGUCGCCUAAACAUAUUCCUCUGUUGUUAUCGAACAUGAAAUGCAGACAUGGAUCAAGAUCUAAAUGAAGGAUGUCUUCUAACAUUCAAAUUCGGUCUGUAACUUUGUGGUUACUUGGCUAAGGCUGAGAGAGGGGUUUUGUCAUCCUAGGCUUUGUGCAUGACUCCCUGUUCCUAUGGUUUAGGUGAGAAUAAAAUCAGUCUGUGUGAACAAAAGAAAUUGUUUGGUAGACUGUUGCUGCUCACAGAUGGACCCUUGUGGAGCUGGUGGAAUGCCUGUAUCCAGUAUUUGACUGUAUUAAAGCUCCAUGUGAACCUUGGCAUGUUGAGAUAUAUUUAGCCCCUAUGCGGCUGUGCUAAUACACACUAUGCGGCAUAAGGGGAUUUGUGCGGGGGGCCAUGCCUCAGUUUUAUCGGGCAAAGGAGAGGUGCCCACAGCCCCCUAAACACACAACUGUCUGCAGUCGUUGGCGGUUUCCUCCCUGUCGGGAUGGGCUUGGAGAUUUAGAUGCAAACUAACUGUGUCCAUAGUGAUGUAAAUUUGUCCCUUCUGAAGGCGAGGCCCCAGAAAGAGCUGAACAUACGUCUGCUCCACAGGCCGCAUGCAUUCACUAGAACUGGGCCAGAUUAGUGCUGCUUAAACUGCCCUGUGUAAAGGAAGCUGCUCUCACCCAUCAGUCGUUCUGUGUUCAGUACUCGUAUGUAUAGCACGAUGACGAGGCUGGUUGCAUUUAAUUACAAGUGUAGUAUGAAGAGCGUGGGAAAAGAUUAUUUUGUCCUUACAUGGAAAUGUGGUCCCUCCACCUCCGCCCUUCUGCUGGCACUGCAGUCUUCCAGUAAUACCGUACAGACAUUGCCAGGACUGCGUGCCUUCACAUAUCACACUGCCGUUUUAGCAAGAAUCUCUAGCAGGUUCCAUCAGACAUGUUCCUAGAGGCCAAAGUAUUUUAGUAACAUUACAACCAAAUAAUAUUUACUUUUUUUUUUUUCUCCUAAUCAGAUGAAACUCUUUUUAUGACUGUUUAUGUGAAAGUGUUGUGUGUGGGGUUUUCUGGUUUAGCUAGAAGCUGUUGGCAUUGGUCCAUGUUACUGACAGAUCUGAGAACUGGUCUAGAAUCAGUCCGGUCAAGCAAGUUGUCUGGUCUGGCUUUAAAAUGAAGUGUGUGUGCUACACACUGAAAUGAGGUUGAAGCUUAACACUUUGAUUCUAAAUAGAGCUGGAUAGUUCCUGUUCAAAAAACAUGCACCCUAUGAACCUGAAAUGACCUUAAAGACAUGAGUUUAUGUGGGAACUUCCCUCAGCUUGUAGGGUAUACAGACGGUAGGUGCACCAGCUCGACAUCACUCUCUCUUCUCCCUGUCUGUGUGGGCAGGCCUCUCAGCAAUAAAGCCCAGUCAAAGGCAACACCGUAGUUAAGGAAAACCUCCUAUGGUGAUUUUAUCUUUGGCUACUCCUGGGUCCUGCUGAACAAAGCAGUUUUUAAGGGAAAAAAAAAGUCACUUUGGAGUAACCCGUUUUAAAUUUUAUUUUUAUAUACAUAUACGUGUGUGCGCGCACACGUGCAGCAUCCACUCAAAUAUGAAGAGGGGUAUUCAGUAAAGAACUAGGCCUAACCCAUGUCCUAAAAAACCUUCCCCUGAGUCUCAGAGCCUUUCUGACCUGCCAUGCUGUUUCUCUGACGUGUGUGUUGUCCUUCACCUGCAUGCUGUGCCAAGUCCUCUGUAGUUACUUUGGCAUGAACUUUGUAGUUACCUUUCUUGCGCCAUCGUACUUAAUGAGAGCAGGUCGUGGGCGCUGAGGAUGUGUGAUGAGUGAAGGAUGUCUCCUUUUCUCUCUCCUCCACCCUGAGCACGCUGCUUGGGCCUGGUGUUCUGCUCACUUCUCUCCGGCGCUGAGACUGCCUACCCUCUCUGCUGUUUACAGUCAUGAUAUUGGUGUGAAGCUGUACAGCCUUUUAGUGUGUGGAUUUUAAAGCAGUUUAAUCCAUACUUUUUAUUUUUAUAUUUUUAGCUUCUUAAGAUUUCUCCAACAUCACCUUGAUGUCUUUUUGUUUCACCAUGCCCCCCCCCCCCCACACACACACACCUUGACGGCUCUUUUGUUUCCUCGGCACUGGCAGAGAUGGAUUACUGCUGCCCUCUAGAGGAGAGCCCUUCUGUGAUUGGCUGAAUUCUCUACCCCUGCUCCUCCUGGGCCUUGUGUAGUCUCAGAGCUCUGUCAGCGCAGUGUGAAAAAUGCUCUCCUUUUUCUGUGUUCAGCUUCUUGUCAUCGCUUGAUUUUGUCGUUUAACGCCCACAUAAAAUCCACCGAUGGACAGCUGAGAGCCACUUAAAAAAAAAAAUUAAAAAUAAAAAAAAAAUGUGCUUGCUGCUUUUGUGUACUAUAUUUUCACGUUCACAUAAGUGUGUGAAUAUAUAAUGUUUAUAGUCGUCUAUGUAUAUUCAUGAGUAAGGCUAUGGAGAGGGGCUUGUAAGGAAGCCCUCCAGCAAUUAAUUAAAAUGUAUAUUCAGGACUCACGCAUGCAUCCGCAUAUUUAAUUAUGCUGCUCAGAAAUGAACUAAUUAAAUGCCAGUUCACAUGCCCGGACAGAAAUCAAUAAUAUUGAUUGGCCCCCAUGUUUUCAGACGGCGGUGUUUUAGCAAAACUACAGUGUCUUGCACCCAGAACGCAGAGUCUGUGCUUAAGGCCAAUACCAUGAGCCUUGGAUGCACUAUUCAAAAAAAACCCAAUGGAUUGUAGUUAAGUCUACCAGUCCAGCCAUGUCAGGUUUUCAGUUCAUUUGGCUCACGCACCAAUGUUGCUAGUGAACACUUGUCAACAUAAACAACCGCACCUGGCAUUAUUCACACUGUGUUUGAUUUCCACACCUGUAACUGUUGUAGCUUGUUUGGCGAACUGGACCAUAGUUCAUCGAAGUACAGGAACAAAGUGAUGAAGGUCUACUGAGUGUAACAGUUUUCAGCCAGGUUAGACCGGAGAUACUUUGCAUCCAAAGCUGUGAGACUGUAACAGACUCAGUCCAAACUAAACCUUUACAUCCUUCUCUCACUCUUUCUCUGUUUGACAUUUUCUACUAUUGCAGUUACCUGUGAUUUUAAAUAGAAUGUUUGAGGUGGUGACCGUCUCCCCCACCCAGUGUGGGUGGGUGGGUAUUUGAGGAAGUGAGAGGUUCAUGGGGGUCGGAGAGUGCCUGUCUCUGUUUAUUUGAUUGUUGCUGACUGUAUGUUGUUCUGUGCCA